CAUAUUGAUUAUUAAUAAAGACGCCAAAAAAAUAUUAGUUCUAAAAUCAAAUCAUUUAAAAUAAAUAUUAAACUCUAGACCAAGGAUUAUCCAUAACAUUAUUUGAGAGAUUCCUUCGAGAGAAAGUGUGGAGUAUAGAUCCUUGCCACUACGAUGCAGAUCUUUAUUUCUUGCCCCUCAGUAGUUGGGUGUUCGGAGAAGUCUUAAGUAGUAAACACAACACAAAACAAUUUGAUAGCCACAGGUAGUAUAGAUACGCCCAUAUAUGCGGUAACGGAACAACACAGAUUACGUUAUUUAAUGUAAUCUGUGGUAACAAUAACAAUAUCUAUAAGACCAAAGUUCAUAAAAACAGAUCCUGCGUCAAUUAGUUCCCCAUCGGAUAUCUUAAUAGCGGUAGAAAUAACCAAAUUAGUACAUGAUUUAAUGUCGUUUAGAACAUCCUUGUGAACAAAAAAAUGCUUUAUAGCACGUCGGAUGUAAACAUACUUUACUCGAUAUCACGGUUAGAACCACGGUCUUAGAAGAUAUCUUCUAGGACUGUGCUCGAUAUGAAACUGUAUAACCUCAAAACACCGGCGAAAACGUCGGAUCGACGUUAUCGAUAUCUAGCUGUUACCGCUUACCAAUGCAGUAGCCGACAUUCAACUCGCCAUUCAAUUUUUAAUUCGUAACGGAUAAUUGGACUAUAAUUUUAUUUUGUUGUGUCGCUUACUUAAAAAGUGUUCUUCGGUCAACUAAAAUCAGCCUUAUUCGCGAAGUGAUACGGAAAUGCUUAAUUGAUCGUAUUAACAUCGAAAAUACGAAAAACACCGAACAACAGAAUGACGUUCCGGUCGAAAAUUUUUCUCACAAGAAAAGUGAAGUCGAUAAUAAGUUCGUUCUUGCUCGUAUAUGCAAUAGGAUUUUUGCUGUCUGUACCAUCGAUUUUCAGUCUCUCGUUCAGCUGGUAUCCGGUAUUGUGUGCACCGGCAGUGUUGAUAUCUGUAACAUUGUUCAUCACAAUUGUGUCUAACAGUUACAUCAGUUCAAAAACACACUGUCCGAAUCGUUUCAGCCUAGUUAUCAGAGGGUUGUCAAUUAAAACGAUUUCGUCUGCAGUUGCUUACUCAGCUAGUGCUUGGUUAUUGUGCUAUGUAAAUCCAUUUUGUCGCGGAGAAACAGGUUGGAAUCUACUCCGUGUUGGAUGUGCUUUUGCAGGUGUUUUGUUUUGCUAUGAAAAUUACUAUUUAAAUGAUCAAGAAUAUCAUUUCCCCAUCAUUCAAACCACCAAAUAUUCAAUGUUCAUGUCAACACUUACAAAGACAUUAUUGAAAUCAAUAAAGAAAUCAUUUGUGUAUAUAUUUAUCAUAUAUUUCCCGUUGUAUGCUGUUGAACCAAAAUCGUGCACUACUGUUUAUUUUUUUACCGUUUUGUGGUUUUCAAUAUCUUUAAUCUUAUAUUUUUUCUAUUCAUUUGAGUUUAUUACAUAUAUAACUAUGACUGAACGGAUUGUAUUUCCAUUUGUAAGUAUAAAACAAGAUUGUGAUUGUUUAAUAAAUGCAUUGGAAUCCGAUAAUAAGAUUAUCAAAUCAUUAGCAUUGUAUGAUUUGUAUCAAGCUACAAUUAAAGAUGUAGAAAGAAGAAAACAGAUAUUUAGUUUAAGUUUUGCAGGAAAUGUUCCCAUGUGUUGGAAAAUUAUUUUCAAUUAUUGUAUAAAUAACAUUAAAUGUUAUACUAAAGACAAUACAAAACAAGUAAAACCUCUAUUUUCAAUGACCUGUGGUCGUCGCAAUUUACCAAAUGCUAGAUUAAUACAUAUUAAUACUGAUGUUACUAGCAAACAAGAUGCAGAUAAUACAAUUCAACAAAACAAAUUAAUAAAAAUGUUUGAAAAAUUUUAUGUGUACAAUUAUUUGUUUGGAUCAUUGGCUAAAGAGAAUCCACUUGAAGAGUUAGAAGCAACAGUUUGGUGUUGUUAUAUACUUUCAAACUUGGCUGUAGUUUCAUUAAAGGAAGAUGAAUAUGGUGUGGUCAGAGAACAAUUAGGACAAAUUGUUAGCACUAUUUUAGAUUUUAAUAAUCAAUUAGAAUACCAAAAAAGAAAUAUAGAAAUUCAAAAGACAAAGAAGAUUACAUAUUUAAUUAUUCAUGUUAAGACUUGUGUUGUAAUGCUAGCAUUGAAUUUUGCUAUGUACGCCAAUGAUAUUGGAUUAGAUGAAACUCAACUACGAAGUUUUAAAAAAAUAAUAGCAUUAAAUAAUUAUUAACAAUUUCCUUAAUAUAAAUUAUAACUAUAUUAUAU